GAGACUUAAAAAGACAACUUUUGCAGGGUGACUCCCUGGGUUCUGGAGGAGAGGGAGGGAGGGUAGUGGACACAGGAGCGAACCACGAUGGAACCCAGAUUCACCUCCAAGGACACUUACCUGAGACAUUUUAACCCUCGGGAUUACCUAGAAAAAUAUUACAACUUUGGGUCCAGACACUCUGCAGAAAAUGAGAUUCUCAGGCAUCUUCUGAAAAAUCUUUUCAAGAUAUUCUGCCUGGAUGGCGUGAAGGGGGACCUCCUCAUUGACAUUGGCUCUGGCCCCACCAUCUACCAGCUUCUCUCUGCUUGUGAAUCCUUCAAGGAGAUCAUUGCCACCGAUUACACUGACCAGAACCUGCAGGAGCUGCAAAAGUGGCUGAAGAAGCAACCAGGGGCCUUUGACUGGUCCCCAGUGGUGACCUACGUGUGCGAGCUGGAAGGGAACAGGUAG